CGGCCUCACCUUCCCUCUGGCCAGCUGGUGGGCAGGGCCUGCGGCCCGCUCCGGGCUCCCUUGCUUGCUCAGAGCGGCCCUGCUUGCGGCCCCGCCGGCGUUGGCACGGUGACAGUAGCCAAGUGUGCAAACUUGUGCCAUUGUCCCCAGGCCAGGGGGAGCCAUGGAGACUGGCUAAUAUGACACAGGAAAAUGUUUGCUGAUGGCAAUUCUAUGGGCUUUGUCCACCUCUUUCUCCAUCAUGACGACUCGAUUUAAGUCCCUAACUGUUUGACUACAAAUGCAAGGGGACCGUGCAACGCCAACCUUUUGUCCGGCCGCGCUGAAUGGGCAAUUCAGGCUUUGUGCAGCUCAAUUGAGGAAGCAAACAUAAAGACAAGAUUCCUGAGAGCUCCGGCCGCCUUCCCAUGGAUAUCCCAGCCCCUCGUUAGCGGGUCCUUCCCGGCUACCUUUGCCCGGCGCGCCUCUGGCCCUCGCAGGCCUGCCGCGGCCCAGGCUUCGGGGCGCGGGGUGGGGAGCAGAGCGAGGGGAGAGCGGAGAGCCACUCAACACUCAAGGACAGCGGCUUACCGUCCGAUUGUCUGUCUGCACUGGAGCAUGGCAGCUGCGGGCCCGGGGCCCCGGGGGAGGAUGACAAGCCCGUCCCUUCUGGGCCCGGCCCCUCCUCCGUCCUGGACUUUUAAACACACACACAUGCACGCACACUCACACACGCGCGCGCGCACACACACACGCUGCCCCCUCGAGAAACCAGGGAACUGGGGUCAAGGGGAGGAGGGCACGGAGGCCGAGGCGAGAGUGGAGCUGAAGGGUAGAAAUUUACCGGGAAAUGAUUGCAUUUGGGAGCUGUCUUUUUUGUGAUGGUCCCCAUGGUGACAAUUUGUGACGGCAAAGAAUGUGGGAACGGGGCGCUGCCGCCUGAUUGGGAUGCUUUGUAUCUGGAGAGGCGCUCCUGAUUGGCCUGAGGGGCCCCCCAGCUCUGGGGACUUGUCCUCCAUUCAGCCCACUCGAGGGCGGCACAACUGCUUCCAGCCUGACGCUUGCAGCCUGCGGCUGCACGGGCCUGGCCCGGGUCUGCGGCGGAGCCGGCGGGGCCACCUCGGGGGCCAGGGCCCAGGCCGGCACCCUCGGUCAGCUCUGUGCCCUUCCCUGGAGCUGCCACCUGCUAGCAGAGCCGCCCUCUUCAUGGAAAGCCCCGUGCAGUGGCCCCCUGGUGAUGGCAUCCGACAGUGACGUGAAGAUGCUGCUGAACUUCGUGAACCUGGCGUCCAGCGACAUCAAGGCGGCCCUGGACAAGUCCGCGCCUUGCCGCCGCUCCGUGGACCACCGCAAGUACCUGCAGAAGCAGCUCAAACGCUUCUCCCAGAAGUAUUCCCGGCUUCCGCGCGGCCUCCCCGGCCGCGGGCCCGAGCCUCACCUGAAAAGGGGGCCCGAGGACCGGCCCGGGAGGCUGCCCCUCGAUGCUGGCCCUGACGCCAGUGCUGCUGGUGGUGGGGACUGCAAGGAGAAGGCUCUGGGGAACCCCUACGGGGUGGAGUGUCUCUCUAAGGAGCAGGCCCUGCAGGGGCAGAAUCCAGAAGCUGCCAGGCCUGGCCAGGUGCCCAUGAGGAAAAGACAGCUGCCCGCUUCCUUCUGGGAAGAGCCGCGGCCCACCCACAGCUACCCCGUGGGGCUGGAGGGGGUCCUGGGCCCCAGAGAGGGACUUCCCUGUGAGGGUAAGAAACACUGCAAGGGCUUGGAGCUUUUAGGGCCUGAGAUGGCCCUGGUGCCCAUGUCCCCGAGGGCACCGGGUGAGAAAGAGCCACCCAAGAUGCCCGGGGUCGCCCUGGUGGGCCGAGUCAAUGCCUGGAGCUGCUGCCCCUUCCAGUACCAUGGACAGCCCGUCUACCCCGGCCCUCCAGGGGCCUUGCCUCAGGGCCCCAUCCCCAGCCUGGGCCUCUGGAGGAAAAGCCCAGCUUCCCCCGGGGAGCUGGCCCAUUUCUGCAAAGAUGUGGAUGGCCCAGGGCAGAAAGUUUACAGACCCGUGGUUCUGAAGCCUAUCCCCACCAAGCCAGCCAUGCCCCCACCUAUCUUCAACGUCUUUGGCUACCUCUAGCUGGGCCGGGAGGGCUUGGCCCCGCCUCCGGCCUUGCAGGAGUGCUGGGGGCCCGGGGAGCUCUCCUUGAGGGGAGUGGGCUGGGCAGUGGCGUGGCUUCUUGAGAACCUUCCCUUUCUGCGUGUGCAAACUGGGGAGCGGGGCGUGGUGGGGCGUGGCGGGGCGCCGGCUCCUCGGGCGGGCAGUCGCCUUGGGAGCGGCAGGGCUGGGCUCGCUGGUCCUUCUCCAGCCCGGCUGGGGCCCGGCAGACCACUGUGCCGCCGUCACGGCGCAGACCUCGGGCGGGCAGCGAACUCUGCCCCGGGGCUGCCAGCCGCCCCAGAAGCCCGGGUCCCUCAUCUGUCCAUCCGCCACCCACUGUAAGCCAAUCUCAGUUCUGUUCUUGUUGUUCUUUGUACAUAUUAAGGUUAAAAGAAUAAAGACGUUUCUUUUGCAGUUUCCACA